AGUUCCAAGUUGGGGGCGUAGCAAGAUGGAGACACUGUUCAAAGUUCAAAAUAAAAUACUCUGUCUCUCUGUCUUUAAUGUCGAACUGAUUUACCAGGGAAAAAAAAAAAAAAAAAUUAGAAAUGAAAACGGUGUCGCAGACGACAAACCAAGAAGCGGAAGAAUGCUCUUCAUUCGAGCCCAAUGCGAGUAAUAACAAACUCAAGCCUGUUGGAGAUGGUUUACAGUUGGAGCUUACCAUGAUCCUUCUGGUAAUGCUCCUACUUUUCCCGGCGGCUGCUAUAUCCGACGUCGUUUCUCAAUCUCACAACAAGUUCGGUCCAUUCGACGAAUCCUACUACUCCACCUUCGCCGUCAAAAAGCCCGCCACGAUCAGCAACUUCGCUCUUCAAGUCACUCCCGAUUCCGCCGGAGAUUUUAGUCUCAGCAACCGAUCUGGGCGCGUUCUCUUCAACCAGUCAUUCGUGCUCUGGACUAGUGAUUCCGAUUCCCAACAAGCCGGAAUGGAAGGCAAAGUGGCUUCCUUCAAUACAUCCUUCCUUAUAAACGUCCACCGAAUGAACAGCUUUCUUCCUCAUGGUGAGGGACUGGCUUUCAUUAUAGCUCCGGAUCUCGAGCUCCCCACCGGAAGCCAUGGUCAAUACCUGGGUUUGACUAAUUCCACUACCGAUGGCAACCCAUCCAACCACCUCGUUGCAAUCGAACUCGACACCUUCAAGCAAGAUUUCGAUCCCGACGACAACCAUUUGGGUCUCAACAUCAACUCUGUUCGGUCUGUCCAAAACGUAUCUCUCUCCCAAUUCGACAUUCAGAUCGCUCCCAGUGGUACCAGAUAUCACAUGGUUUGGAUCCAAUACGACGGGAAUAGAAAGUUGCUCGAUGUGUACAUGGCAGAGCAGGCUCAAGAGCUAGAUGAAAGUUUCGUGAUCAUGGCCAGGCCAAGCAAGCCAUUGCUGAGUGCGAAUCUGACCCUCAAGGAUAUCGUGAAGCAGAAAUCCUAUUUUGGAUUUGCCGCAUCCACCGGGAAUGCCACCCAACUCAACUGCGUUCUGAGAUGGAAUCUGACGGUAGAUGCUCUGUCGGUUAAGGAGAAUGGGACGGGUGAGCGGCGCGGCUUGAAGAUCGCUUUGUGGGUUGGAUUGCCGAGUUCGGCAUUGGUGCUGUUGGGCUUGGCAGGGUUGGCCUAUUACAUUCACAAGAAGCGGAAGGCGGCAUCUGACCCAAAUAUUCUAGGCGCCCUAAAGAGCCUACCGGGAACCCCGAGAGAGUUCGGGUUCAGUGAACUGAAAAAGGCCACGAAUAAUUUUGACGACAAGCAAAAGCUCGGUGAAGGUGGUUUCGGUGUGGUGUAUAGAGGGAUUUUGCCGAAAGAGAAUUUGGAAGUCGCGGUUAAAAAAUUCUCCAGGGAUGAUCUCAAAGGCAAAGACGAGUUCUUGGCUGAGCUUACCAUCAUCAAUCGUCUUCGCCACAAACACCUCGUCCGGUUAUUGGGAUGGUGCCACAAGAAUGGGACGCUGCUCCUGGUGUACGAGUACAUGCCAAAUGGCAGUUUGGACAACCACCUUUUCUGCGGAUCGUCGGAGCAUACAACCUUAGGAUGGAGCCUCAGGUACAAGAUUGUCUCAGGAGUGGCAUCGGCUCUACAUUACCUCCACAACGAGUACGAUCAAAAAGUGGUACACCGAGACCUCAAAGCCAGCAACAUCAUGCUCGAUUCCAACUUCAACGCUCGCUUGGGCGAUUUUGGGCUUGCACGGGCCUUGGAGAAUGGAAAAACCUCCUACGCUGAAAUGGGCGGAAUCCAAGGGACCAUGGGCUAUAUUGCACCCGAGUGCUUCCAUACGGGUAAGGCAACCCGAGAGUCCGAUGUUUUCGGGUUCGGAGCUGUUUUGCUGGAGGUUGUUUGUGGUCAAAGGCCAUGGACCAAGAGGGAUAGCUUUCAGUACUUGGUGGAUUGGGUUUGGUGUUUGCAUAGAGAAGGACGGAUAGUUGCUGCGGUGGAUGAGAGGUUGGGAAAUAAUUACGUGGUUGAGGAAGCAGAGAGGCUUCUGCUUCUUGGGCUGGCCUGCUCGCAUCCGAAUGCUAGUGAGAGGCCCAAAAUGCAGGCCAUUGUUCAAAUCAUUUCGGGUUCGAUUGCGGUGCCCCAUGUUCCGCCAUUUAAACCCGCUUUUGUAUGGCCAUCCUUGCCAGAGGAAUUCGGGAUGGACAGUCUGGCCACUACUACAACAGCCACGUCUAUGCAAGUUGGAUCGGGUUCUAAUUCAGCGUGGACCCGGAAUUAUGAUAGUCAGGAUAGCAAUUUGGGUGAGGGAUACAGUGACAGCCACACUUUCUGAGUCGUUUUUUCUACGGUGGAAUUUCUGAACGGGUCGUGUUGUUCUACUUUGGGUCUAAUGGUGAUCAUUUUACUUUUUUUAUUUUUAUUUUUUAUACUUAAAAGAAAAAAUGAAAAAUUUCUGCUUUCUAUCUUAUUGUUAAGUUGGGUACAAAUAGGAAGCUCAGUGUUUUCACAUUACAAUUAUUCUUCACUUUUCAGUUUCAUUAUUUGUUUUUUUUGGGGAUUGGAGGCUAAGGGUGCAUAUAUGCGUGUGUAAAAAUGUAUAUUCUGACUUAUAAAUUGUUUACUCGCUAUCA